GCAGCGUAGGUAAUGAUCCCUGCGAACGUACCUUUCUUCUGUGGGUUGUCCCAUGUUUUUGCGCAUGUCAGAUCGAUGGGUUUUGUCGGUGGAAACAAGAUGGCGGCUCUGACAAGACCGCCAACAUAUUUACUCGAAUAGAUGUCAACAUUAACCCUCAUCGAGCGUUUUGUUCGCGACCUGCAUGUAUUUCAUGCAUCAUGAAGACCAGGAAGAUGUUCUAUAGUAGGGAUUGACGAAGCCACGACCGUUAGUAAAGUCAGCGUGAUGUGCGAGAGCUAUGCCCGCUCGCUGCUGCGUGUGUCGGUGGCGCAGAUCUGCCAAGCGUUGGGCUGGGAUGCGGUGCAGCUCACCGCCUGCGACCUGCUUUCCGAUGUGCUGCACAGAUAUAUCCAGCAGUUGGCCAGGGGUUGUCAUCGAUAUUCGGAGCUCUAUGGGAGAACAGACCCAGUGCUGGAUGACGUAGGCCAGGCAUUUAGGCUGCUGGGGGUGAGUCUAUCUGAGCUGGAGGACUAUGUCCACAACCUGGAGCCCGUAGGGUUCGCCCAGCAGACGCCCCUCUUCCCCCUCAGCAAGAACAACGUGCUGCAGUUCCCUCAGCCUGGAGUGGGGGUCCGGUGGGACGCAGAGGAGAGGAAGGACUACAUUCCAGAUUAUAUGCCACCCUUGGUCUCACUACAGGAAGAAGAGGAGGAAGCCCUGGCUGACAUGGGCACCUCUGCUGAGGCCAUGCAGGUCCCGCUGGACGAUACCGAUGAGGAUAUGGAUGAUGACGAGGCGGUGAACGAUGAGAACCACCCUGUGAAGAGACACCUGGACAGCCCCGACGCCGCCAUGGGUAUGAUGCCCACCUCCAAGAGGCCUCGCAUGCACUCUGGCUUCAGCCCCGACUGGAGCAUGGAGCCCAGGGAGCCCCUCACCUCCCUCAACCCCCAGCGUGUUCUUCCAGGCAUGAUGGCCUCCCACUCUCACGACAGCCUGGGUUCAAUGUCUAUGUCCCCUGAGACACCUGGGCCUCCAACGUCGUUCAGACCCCAGCCGGUGACCCCCGGGAGACACUCAGAUCAUAAGUCACAUGGCAGUCAAGGCCGCAAAGGGCCCAAGGGCUCAUCCCCCAGCAGGCCACGGACUAAGUCCCCCAAGGGGGUCAACGCUGGUGGGGCUAUGUCAGGCAGCCCCAUCCGCUCGCCCAAAUCUUCCAAGGAAAGGAAAAAGUCACCUUGCCGGACCAAGAGCCCUAAAAGUCCCAAGAGCCCCAAGAUAGGCUCUGGAGCCAAGUCUGGGUCUCACCCCCAGGGCAAGUCUGAGGCUCAGGUCCUUGGCCUACAGAGGCUGCCCCUGUCAGCCCUCAGUGAGAGGAUGGGGAAGGAGAAUAUCCACGUGCAGACCCUAGAGGACCACGAGCUUGCAGGUUUCGUCUCUAGUAAACUCGUCGAACCUGGCACCAACAACGCCGAUAUCGACGACUCCAUCGACACUGUGAUCGCCAGGGCAUGCGCCGAGCGGGAGCCUGACCCCUUCGCCUUCUCGUCGGGCUGCGAGUCGGAGAACGAUGGCUUCUCCUCUCCCCGCAGGCUCACUAUCAUGGAGCCAGGAGGAAUGCCUAAGCUCUCACUGGGAGCCAACACCAUGGCUAAAGACCUGUCCACGCCACUACACCUCAACGCAGGUGGCGGCCCCGGGAGCUGGACCAUGGACGACUCCAUCAAUGAGGUCAUACGCAAGGUAAACCAGGGGGAUCCCUCAGCAGGACAGCCCCAGGACGAAUCGUACCUCUCCUCAGCGUCCGCCUCACCCCCGACGCCGGAGCCCCUCCUCAAGAUGUUCCAGGAGAAGAACAAACUCGUCUCCUCGGCUGACAUCAAGAAGAAACUGAAGAAGGAGCUCAAGACAAAGAUGAAGAAGGAGAAAGGAGAGAAACCGAAAGAUAAAGAGAGGGAUAAAGACAGGGGGAAGAUUAAAGAGAAGAACAAGGAUAAGAACAGGGACAAGAGCAAAGAUUCUUUCUCCAAAGAGGCCAAGAUACCAUGGAAGGACCUUGGAAACAAGGACGACCUCAGGGAACACUUCCAGGGUCAGAUGUCAGGGUUUGGCAGUCCGGAGGGCUCCAUGAUCAAGAUCAAGUCCCGCGGUGGAGGGGGUGGAGGGGAUGGCAGCGGCAAGAAGGAGAAGGACAAACACAAAGACAAGAAGAAGGACCGGGAGAAGAGCAAGAAGGACAAAGACAAGCGGGAGAAGGGCAAGGACAGGCAGAAGAUAUCCUCCCUCACCCCGUUCAGUUUGAGUGACAUGCCUGUUCUGUUCAGCCCGUCGACGUGUCUCCGCAUCCCCUCGAUGUUGCCCCCUCUUCCCCCCAUCCUCCAGGACAAGGAUGUGAAGAGCAAGGAGAAGGACAAGAAGAAAGACGAGAAGAAGAAGAAGAAGAAGAAAGAUAAAGAGAAGGAGAAGGAAAAGGAGAGAGAUAAAGAGGAGAAGAAGAAAGAGAAGGAGAAGCGAGAGAAGGAAAAAGAGAAGAUCAGACUAGAAAAGGUGAGGGUGGAGACUCCAGUGACUGUCCCGUCUCCUGUCAUCCCCAGGCUGACCCUGAGGGUGGGGGCUGGACAGGACAAAAUAGUUAUCAGCAAGGUGGUCUUGAAUUCCGAGCCGCCGCCACCGCCUAAGAUGCCAGCUCCUAAGACCCCCGCCGCCAAAUCUGGACCCGGCAAUCGCCUUCAGCUGCCGCCACCUCCUCCAAUCCUCCCUCCAAUACCCUCGUUGUCACCCCCUGCAUCCCAUCUUCCCCCUGAAAGCCCUCUCCCUGCCAUGCUCUCCCCUGCAUCCUCCGGCAAAACAUGUGUACGCAGCGUGGUCACUGAAACUGUCAAGACAUAUGUGGUCCGUGAUGAGUGGGGAAAUAAGGUCUGGAUCUGUCCUGGCUGCAACAAGCCUGAUGAUGGCAGUCCCAUGAUUGGCUGUGAUGACUGUGAUGACUGGUACCACUGGCCUUGUGUCGGGAUGGUCUCGGCCCCUCCCGAGGACCAACAGUGGUUUUGUGUGAAGUGUGCCGGCAAGAAAAAGGACAAAAAACACAAGAAGAGGAAACACAAAGUGCAUUGAGAGAGACUAUGCAAAACAUAGGACUUAGGACUGUUAAUUCGCUGGACUGACUGCUUCUUCAAGCCAACCUCUUGGAACACUCCGGGCACUGCUGUAAACAAAGACAGAAAAGUGGAAAUAACGUGACAGAUGAGACAUUCACACCUCUUGAUGACUUUAGUUAAUGACAUGAUGAGCCAAUGAUAUGAUAGCGCCCGUGUAUGACUGUAGGAAACAAAGAAAUACAGACUCUUUAACCAGCACAUCCAACCGCCGUUCUGUGGGUUCCAUGGUUACGACGCUUCCUUCCCCUCCCUUCUGUAAAGUGUUUUGGGGAGGGGGUGCUUUUAAGUCUGCGUCCUGGUUUUCUACCCUUCUGUCUGUUGGCACUAGGCACUCCACAUCAUGGAUAUCUACCCAAGUGUGCACUUGCACAGUCCCUUUCAUGGAUUGAACAAUCUCUUAGAGUGUGCACUUGCACACUUGGGUAGAUAAUCAGGACGCAGCCUCCUGUUGGUGUGAGAGCCCAGCGUUCAGGAAGGAAUGUUCAGGUGCUCUGAUGUCGUCACGGAGAUCAUGCUUUUCAAUCAUCAUGGCUUCAAACAGAUCAUUGUUGGGUUCAAUGUUGUCAAAGAGAACAGGGUAUAGAGAGAAGUCUACAAUCAUCUUGUUGUUGUUUACCUUAGUAAUGUCAUAGCCUGGUCCCUGAUCUGUGUGUGCUCUCUUGCCAAUUCUGAUGGCUAUUGUCUUGAGUUGGAGAUAGCAAGACAACACAAACACAUCUGGCAACCAGGCUAGUAUUGUCACAUAAAAGGAGGUCAAUAAUAUCAAACUGAAAGACAGAUUCAGAUCCUGUUUAAAAUCCCCCCUCUCGGUUUUCUGCUGCAGUAUCCUAAAAUAUGUCAUGUAUUGUCUGUCCCCUACGUAUUUAUUGAGAAAGUGAAGCUAAAACUUUUAAUGUGGCUUUAUGCUCCAGCAUUUUGGAUUUGAGAUCAAAUAUUUUAUAUGUGGUGAUGACAGAAUUUCCUCUUUUAUUUGAGGGUAUUUUCAUACAUAUCUGUUAUACAGUUGAGAAAUUAAAGCACUUUACGUAUCUAGUCCACCCAUUUGAAUUUAGACAAAUUCACUUCUAGUGUAUUACAUUGAGUCAAAAGUUGACUGUUUGUUUCUGUAUUUUUAGCACACAAUGACUACAUAAAGCUUGUGACUCUACAAGCGGGUCGGAUGCAUUUACAGUUUGUUUUGGCUGUGUUUCUGUUUAUGUUGUGUCCAAUAGAAAGCUAUGGUAAAUAAUGUAUCGUGUCAAUUUGGAGUCACUUUUUUUAUUUGAAAUAAGAAUAGAAUAUUUUACAUUGAUGUGGAUGCUACCAUGAUUACGGAUAAUCAUGACUUGAGUCGUGAAUAAUAAUGAGUGAGAAAGUUAUAUUCACAAAGAUCAUGCCCCCAAAAACACGCUAACCUCUUAAACAUUAAGAAAAACAGGUUAGCAUUUUUACAACGUGUUAUGAUAUUUAUGCCUGUAACUUUCUCGCUCAUCAAUAUUCAGGAUUCAUUCAGGACUAUCUGUAACCAUGGUAGCAUCCACAUUCAUGUAGUUGUCUUAAGAAAACAUUCUAUUCUUAUUUAUAAUAAAAGAGACUCUGAAAUUACACAACAUUGUUUACCAUUAAUGUAAUUUCUAUUGGAACACAACAUAAUCUGAAACGCAAACUAAACAAACUGCAAAUGCAUCCAACAAGUUUGUAGAGUCACAAACAUGAUGUAGUCAUUGUGUGCUAGGAAUAAUGGGACUAAAUACUAAACCUUUGACUAAAUGUAACACAGUAUAAGUUCAUUUGUCCAAAUACUGUAUUUGUCAUGACAACUUCAAAUGGGGGGUGGGGUGGGGGUAAAUUCAUAAAGUGCUUAUAUUUCUAAACAGGAAAUCAGAUUUAUGAAAAUACCCUCCAUUAAAAAGUGACAUUCUCUACUGUUGCCUCAUAUAAAACAUUUGAUCUCAAAUCCAAAAUGCUGGAGUAUAGGGCCAAAUGUAAAAGUUUUAGCUUCCCUGUCCAAAUAAAUACGAAGGGGAUAGUAUAUGAAGCCACAUGCAUUUUGUUCUUAGGACUUUUAUUCUAAUUUGUUAAAUCCAUUUCCAGAUGAUUGGUUUUUAACUUGAAUCAUUUUCUGUCAUUUCUGUAUAUAUUUCUUUUUAAUGAAAGUUUGUAUUUUUGAUUUUUCAUAUAAAUUGUCUCCAAAUCAGUUCUACAGUAGCUGUGCUCAUUGUGAAGGUAUCUAAUUUAGCUGAUAUUUCAUAUAUUAAAGCCUAACAGUCUCUGUUAACUACACAUAAAUCUCAUUGCCAUCCUAAAAAAUGGAAAGAGUAGUUGGUCAUCUUCAUCUGUACCCAAGUUCUCUGUAGGCAUCUGUCCUUGUUUCCAUGAUUCAGGUUGAGAUCCCACUUCUAUCUAACAUUGUGCAUUUUUUUUUUACAUUGAUUGUUCUGUGUGCAAUCCUCACCCUUUUGCCCUAAGAUACGUUUUUCUUAGUUUGUUUUGAUGCAUUUAAUUCAUGAAAAUUCAGUGGAAAUAUUUUAACAAAACCGAAGUUGAAUUUGUUAAAUGAAUCUGAAAUGUUUGGAUAAGUAA